ACAGAAGCAAAGUUGUUGUACCAUGCCUGAACGCUAACUGGGCAACAACUGUUUUCUCAAGCAAUUCAAUCUCAAACUUCAACUCUUCUUCUCUUCAAUUUCUUAAACAAGAAAAUAGAAGGCCCCAAAAGCACUUUCAUCUCUUUGUGUUCUGGAAUUGAAACAAAGAAAUGAGCUUAUAAAAAGCAGAUUAUAUUUCUUUAUUGAAUUUUUAACUAUUGAAAAUGCAGAAAGUGAUUCUUCAUCAUAGUCUGCCAGUCAAUUCAAGAGGGAAACUUCCCUUCUUGGUUCUUGUGCAUUCAUUUUCAUCUUUUAAUAGCUUUUCAAGAGUACGCAUUUCUCCUUCCUUAGGAUGUAGAAAAAAAUCAAGGUUGAGCUCAACGUGCAACACAUUUAGAGCACAAGCAUCCAAUAUAGGUAUUGGAUCUGGGGGCUAUGAAGGCAAGGAGGAAAAAGAAGACCAUACAAGUUCUGUGAAGGGUCCAUCCAGUGACAGUUCAUCAGAAGCUGUGAAAGCUCCCAAUCAAACGCCUUACCCUCUCUCCAUUGCUAUCGUGCUAUUGGGAUGUGCUUUAGUGUUUUCAUUGAUUGCUUCUGCAAAAGGUGGACCUUCAUCACUCUUAGCAGCAAUUGCAAAGUCGGGAUUGACUGCUGCCUUCACGUUAAUAUUUGUUUCAGAAAUUGGUGACAAGACAUUUUUUAUCGCUGCACUCUUGGCCAUGCAAUAUGAGAAAGCACUGGUUCUGUUGGGGUCAAUGGGUGCUCUUUCUCUUAUGACAAUCUUGUCAGUAAUAAUUGGACGGGUCUUUCAAUCAGUUCCUGCUCAAUUCCAAACUACCAUACCAAUUGGAGAAUAUGCAGCAAUAGCUCUUCUUGUCUUCUUUGGCCUAAAAUCUAUAAAAGAUGCAUGGGACCUUCCACCAACAGUGGCAAAGAAAGGUGGCAAGAGAGGCCCUGAACUUGAUGAGUUUGUUGAAGCUGAAGAACUUGUGAAAGAAAAGGUGUCAAAACCGCUCUCAAAUCCACUUGAAAUUGUCUGGAAGUCAUUCAGCCUUGUAUUCUUUGCUGAAUGGGGUGACCGUUCAAUGCUUGCGACAAUUGCACUUGGUGCUGCACAGUCUCCAUGGGGUGUGGCAAGUGGAGCCAUUGCUGGACACCUACUUGCAACAUCAAUUGCAAUUGUUGGAGGAGCAUUUCUUGCCAACUAUAUUUCUGAGAAACUGGUUGGUUAUUUGGGUGGAGCACUUUUUCUAGUUUUUGCUGCAGCCACAUUUUUUGGAGUUUUCUGAUUGAUUAUACAGAUCCUAGAGAGAAAGACGGGCUAGUUUCCAGCGCAAUUGUCCUGAUACAUUGCCACCAGAGAGAACGAUGGGAGCUCCAAAGAGGCGCAUGUUAGUUCUUAGAAGCCUCCUUGAAACAUCUCUUCAUUAUAAUUUAUCCCUUACUGUAAUCUGGAAAAAGGGAUUAUGUUACAAAUAUUUGUUCACUUUGAUGAUUUUUGUGUACUUCAGCUAAUUUUGUGGCCAUAAUUGUAUGUUUCUCUCAGGUAUGUUGCUACAUUUCUCAUUUAUGUUUCUCCGCAAAAGACUUGGAAAGCUUUGAAUGCUUCGGGUUCCUGUGGUUGCUUGGUUCUUAGUAAAUUAGACUAGAAUAUAAACACAAUUGUUAGUCGAGUUAA